AUGACCGACCAAUCAGUCAACCUCUACAAGACCAAAAACCAGGCCGGCCGCCUAGGUCGAAGCGAUUCUAAUGGAAGCGGCGUAUGGAACCCCUUCAGGCGCUUCAACCAUGAUCAACCCAAGAACGGUGGGCACAAACGAGCUUCAACCCUGAACGAUGCCGAGCAGGGACGGGCUGGCGACAACUACGACACGCCACAGCUCAGACCUGCGAGUACUAUGCCAGAGCAUUAUCAAGCCCCAGCCGACAAGAUAUCCCAAAGCAGCAAGGAGGCCGAACGUGGCGGAUCUGGUAGUGGACAGCAUGACGAGAACUUCGACUCCCAGGCGACCACCAUCCCCGACAGUCCGAAUGGACUUCGACAACGCAGUACAAAUGGGAAGGAUACAACCAUUACGCCCGGCAGUCGAGGUGAACGAGAGAAGGGACGGACCGGCCUAGACGAGGACGAAAAGCCCAAACCGCAUUUCACGUUGAAGAACCAGAUUCAGCGCACCCUCUUGAACUCGUGGAUCAACGUCCUGUUGGUGGCUGCCCCUGCCGGCAUUGCUGUCUGGGCCGCUGGUCUCGACGGCCGUAUUGCGUUUGCUAUCAACUUCAUCGCCAUUGUCCCUCUCGCUGCUAUGCUGAGCUACGCUACCGAGCAGAUUGCCUUGCGGACUGGUGAUGUUCUGGGCGGAUUAAUCAAUGCUACUUUCGGCAAUGCUGUCGAGCUCAUCGUGGCCAUCAUCGCGCUGACCCAGAACCAAGUAACUGUCGUACAAACAUCGCUGAUCGGCAGUAUUCUCUCCAAUCUGCUCCUUGUCAUGGGAUGCUGCUUCUUCUGUGGAGGUAUAAACCGACCCGAGCAGUUCUUCAACACGACCGUCGCCCAGACAGCCGCCAGCCUGCUCGCUCUCGCGGUCGGGAGUCUCAUCGUGCCCACCAUCUUCUCGCACACGCCGGAAUUCGAGGAUAUCAACGCUCUAAAGCCCACCGAUGUCCCGGACCUGUCUCACGGCGUCGCCGUCAUCCUGUUGUUGGUGUACGCCUUCUACCUCUUCUUCCAACUGAGGACACAUAGCAGCAUGUUUGCCGAAUCGGGCGAAAAGGUUGACACCCAGAAUAUCUUCAAAUCGAAGACCCCCGUCCCGGAAGAGAAUGCUGUUGCCUCCGGUGUGACAUCCGGUGUGGCACAAACUAUGACCGCUAGCGCAGGAAUGAACGGACGCAACGGUCAACUGACUUCGAUGAUGAUGAACCCCUCAACCAAGAAGCCGCAGUCAGAGGAGGAUGAGGAACCCGAGGAACCCGAAUUGCAUUUCUUCGUCGCCUUGGGUACUCUACUCAUCGCGACGGUAAUCAUUGCAUUAUGCGCCGAGGGUAUGGUUACCGGUAUCGAUGCCAUCACGGCCGAAGGUGUCAGUGAGGAGUUCGUGGGUCUGAUCCUGAUCCCGAUUGUCGGUAACGCAUGCGAGCAUGCCACUGCGGUUACGGUUGCCGUCAAGGACAAGAUGGACCUCGCCAUUGGUGUCGCCAUUGGCUCGUCUAUGCAAGUCGCGCUCUUCCUCAUCCCUCUGCUGGUCAUCAUCGCCUGGGGCAUGGGCAACACGGAUAUGACGCUGGCUUUCGACACCUUCCAAAUCAUCGUUCUCUUCGUCGCCGUCUUGCUGGUCAACUAUCUGAUAGGAGAUGGCAAGAGUCAUUGGCUUGAAGGUGCACAGCUGAUAUGUCUGUACUUGAUCAUUGCUGUGUGCGCGUGGUAUUACCCCAACCCCAACCUUGAUAAUAACACCAGCACCCCUGGUUAG